UGCAUUGCAGGUAGGUGUAGUUAACAAAUAAAUAGAAACGACUCACCUUUGCCGUGGUUAAUCGUCAGAGACUCGACAGUAGGCUGGUUGGUAGUGCCAUGGAGAGAACGUUCAACUUACUGAUUCUAUCAUGUCUUUGGUUGCAAGCGUGUGUAGGUCUCCAGUUUUGUAAACAGUACGUCUCCGACAGUAGCUCUUACAGCACCUACUACUGCGAAUAUUACUGCUGCGGCUCACUGUAUAGUAACGACUGCUGCCACGACGACCCAGAUAGUUCAAGCUCCUCGUCUAUCCACAAUGCCUUCAAUACUGGAAGGAUUGUCCUGUAUUCACUCGGUGGCAUCGUACCAUUUUCUCUCUUAAUUUGUUCCUGCAUAGUAGUCUGCGUCAAGAAAAAAACCAGGGUACAGCCAAUGACUCUGAAUACCGUCACAACAGGCAAGCUGACUUCCAUUCCGCCAUACCCAGGGACUACCGUGCCACCAUCGACCCUGACACCACCCGCAUGUACAUCCGCACAGUCCACACUGCCAGGGACAGUUCAUGCCUAGAUGAGACUUGUCUCCAGACCAUCCGCACUGCUUCUUCAGCGCUGGGGCCAGAUUUUCCACCGCCAUGCCCAGGGACUACCGUGCCAACAUCAACCCUGACACCACCCGCAGGUACACCCGCACAGUGCACACUGCCUAGAUGACUUGUCUCCAGACCGUCUGUACUGCUUCUUCAGCGCUGGUGCCAGAUUUGAUCAGCGAUCCUCUUGUAUUGUGAAUGUGUCCUUUGUUGAGUUGUGUUUCGGUUGUUUUAUUCGACACAUGAUCCCAUGACAUGAUACCCGUGAGGACAUUCUCACACGGCCCAUUUUAUAUAAAACUCAUUUACAGGAACCUAAAAAUAUUAUGAGCUUCAUAGGUGUAACAUAUUGAUUGGAAUUUGUUCCUUCAUACAUAACCAAUACAAUGCAAUGGCUAUUGGUUAAGUGGCCAUAAUGGCGGGCCCUUAUCACACACAACCCGGCAACUUCAAUAACGGGUGGACAAUGCAGAUAGGAGACAAAUUCGGAUUCUUAACUACUUCACAGUAUUUACAUUUAUUGUAUACUUGAGUGUGAGCUUUCUGAUGUUUUAGAAAAGGUAUUUUUUCAUUGGAGUAAACAUAACACUUGACAUUUCAAUGAAAAGAAAACAUAACACUUUGACGGAACUAUUGUCAUACAAGCGUUUAUCGUAAUUGUCUCGCCCGUAGAAAAACUGUUGACUUCCUUUUUAGAUAAGUCCCAAAAUGAUUGGGCAAAAUAAUUACAAAUGGUCAUUAAUAAAGUUAAUACCGAUUUGUUA